CGGCAUUCCCGCGGGUCGGAGCGCCUCUGACGGUAUCCACUCGACGGUCGGUCGACCGACCACACCGCCACCGCUCGCCGAACGCCGCGCUCGUAUUUCCCGCGCGAAACAAAUUCAAAUCAAACAUUCCAUUAAUUUGUACGUCUCGCGCCGAUAACGCGUUUUAUUACUCCAUCUUUUAUUUUCGUUUUAUUUCGCUUCUAAUGCAAUUGCACUCGAGCAACGCGAACUGUAUUAUUUUCCGCUGUUAUUCUUGUUUUUAUUGGUUUUUUGUGCGUUAGUGAAAAGGAAACGAGCUACAGAAUGGUGAGUGAGGAAGCGAAUACAAAACCGGAGGCUUUGUGCGACGCACGCGGUGGCCGCGCCGCCCGCCCGCUUCGAGACAAAAAAGAAUAUUACAGAGCUUUCAAUUCGAACACACAGAAGAAAAAAUAUGAUCUGCACUUUUGUAAACGCAAAUGAGCAUGUCAUCGACCAGGGUGCCGUCGCAGCUGGAUCUGCACGGCACGAGGAGCGUGCUGGCGCGCGCACUCGACGUGUGGCAGCAGGCGUCACGGCUCACCUUCACCGAGGUCAACUCCGAUGAGGCGGACAUCGUCGUGUCCUUUGCUAAGGGUUACCAUGACGACGCGUACCCGUUCGACGGGCGCGGCACGAUCCUUGCGCACGCGUUCUUCCCGGGCUCGGGCCGCGGCGGCGACGCGCACUUCGACGAUGAUGAGCUGUGGCUGCUGCAGCCGAAGGAUGAUGAGGAAACAGGAACAUCGCUGUUUGCUGUCGCUGCUCACGAGUUUGGACACUCACUAGGUCUCAGUCACAGCUCCGAGAGGGGUGCUCUUAUGUUCCCCUGGUACCAAGGCAUACAACCUAACUUUGUGUUACCUCAAGACGAUCGCAAUGGCAUCCAACAGAUGUAUGGUCCAAAAGUAAAACAAACAUGGGCAAAGAUACCGACGAAGUAUCGGCCCAUAGAGACUCCGCCCCCACCUACCACCACGACCACAACAACGACAACUACGACGACGAGAAGACCGUACAUACACCACCAUAAUCGCCAUCACCAAAAUCAUAGACCAGAUUAUACGCCGUAUCCACGAAACCCAGCGAAAUAUCCAACAUACCCUGAACGGCCCAUCUACCCAGAACGACCAUAUCCAGAACGGCCAAUAUAUCCAGAAAAAAUAAAACCAGUCUAUCCUGAGAAGCCCACUUAUCCUGAAAGGCCAAUCUACCCAGAAAGGCCCAACUAUCCUACAUACUAUCCAGAUCGUCGUCAUCAUAACACGAGUGAUGAGCACCCAAGAAGGACUAACCACCACUACCCGCGCCCUACUCCGGAGACAACCACACAGCCUAUUACUUACCGUCCUCGUUAUCCUACAGCGCGUCCAGAGUACCCCAACUAUCCAAGACCGAACCCCCCCAAUAACCCGAACCGUGAUACUCCAAAGAGCAAGCCGUACUAUCCUGAAAGAACAACUCCUCGACCCACUCCUCCUUCUGAUAAACCGGACACUUGUGACACGAGCUAUGACGCUGUGGCUCUCAUUCGUGGUGAACUGUUCAUAUUCAAGAAUAGAUAUCAUUGGAGGAUAGGCUCGCAAGGCAGAUACCCGCAAUAUCCCAUAGAAAUAUCCAGAAUGUGGUCAGGACUUCCACGAAACUUGACUCAUGUUGAUGCAGUCUAUGAACGACCUGACAAAAAGAUAGCUUUCUUCGUUGGUAAAGAAUUGUACUUAUUUGAUUCACAAUACUUGGUACCUGGAUAUCCAAGACCGUUAACUCAGCUUGGCUUACCUCCAAGUUUAGAAAAGUUAGAUGCUGCAAUGGUUUGGGGUCAUAACGACAAAACAUACUUUUAUAGUGGCACCAUGUAUUGGAAAUUUGAUGAAGAUGACGGACGAGUGGAGCUCGACUACCCUCGGGACAUGUCUAUGUGGAAAGGCGUUGGCUAUAACAUUGAUAGUGUUUUCCAAUGGAAAGAUGGUAAAACGUACUUCUUCAAAGGCAAAGGUUUCUGGAAGUUCAACGACCUGCAGAUGCGAGUGGAGCACGAGCGGCAGUUGCCGUCGGCCACCUUCUGGAUGGGCUGCCCGGCCGAGCGCGCCGGCCGCCGCUCGCCUUUCCGCGCCCUGCCCGCCCCCGGCUCCACGCUGCGAUCGCCCAGCGCCGCCCACGCGAACCAACAACACCUCCUCAUACCUCUCCUCUCUUCUCUAAUCCUAGUACUCGCGAACUACUUACGAAGCUAAAUACAUAAAAACGACUGCCUAUUUAUAAAAAAUAUGUGUGCCACUUUAAUAUAUUUAUUACUUUAUUAGAUAGUCCCAGAUAAUGCAUAAUAUUCAAAAUCAACAAGUACAUAUCGAAAUAUGUCUGAAAUAUGUUUUAGGCUUAGUAAAUUUUUGCGCAAACUAUGCACUGCCUGUUUUAGUAUUAAUUGUAUGCCUACAUUUUAUAUAGUAAUGUUUAAUACAUGUUAGUAUAAUUAUUAUAAUGAUGCUAUUAUUAUUUCUUUAAAAUGUAUGUACAUUUUGAUCUCAAUAUGAUCGUGUGCUUGGUUUGUUAAUGACAUGUAAGGUAUAUAACACCAUCCAAUUAGCUUCUGUACAGUUUGUAUUGUCUCUCGAUGUCAGUAUUUAAAAAGAAUUAAUAUAGAUUUUAUGCAUUAUUGAAAUAAAGAUCCGAUUUCGUAAAAUAUAAAUGGAAAUACAUAUUAUAACAAUACUUGUUAGCCGAGUACCACUUAAGGAUGUAUUUUCGUAAAAUAGAUCUAUCUAGACACAAGAAUGCCUUAACAGAAAAUUGAUAUUUUAUCACUAUAGUAAUGAAUAUUCAAUAAAAAAAAUAUAGCUAUAAUAAAUAACAAUAUUCUCUACGUAAUGAUACUAUACUUGUUCUUAAUUAGAUUUAUCUUUUAAUGCUGGUUAAAAGAGGUACACAUUCGGUAAUUUGUAAAAUAUAAUUAAAUACUUAAAUAUAAGUCAUGAUUAAUAAGUGCAAUGACGAUGAUGUUCAUAUAGUGCUCAUGCUACGUCUCGCCUAUGAAUUCCUGUUUUUGUCUUAGUCAAUAAGAAUCAUGUAUACUCUCACUUCACAUAGCUCAUUACCAUAAGGUAUAAUAUAGUUAUAUCAAUAUAAUUGUAUUAAGUAUAUAAAUGGCCUUAUAAUACACGUAUGACCGAGUAGGUAAUGAGGUAAAGAGAAAGCUGAAUUUUUUGCACUGCCAGUAAAUGGAUUCUUGGACGGAUGGAAAAAAUGAAUACUAUUAUAGUAGAAUGAAUAUGGUGCUUAAUAUAGUUAGUCAUUGUACAGAAUAAAUUGUCUUCGCGUAUUUUUGUAUGUUACUGUUGUGUGUCAAAGUAUCUGUAGGUAAAGUGUUAUUGAUAACCGACACCAUUGAACCUACAUAAGUUUCCUAAUACUAUCUUCCCUUAUAAUUACAAGAUUUUUAUAUUAAAACAUACGGGAGC